AUCAAACGCAAGAGAGGGAGAGAGAGAGAGACAGAGAGAGAGACAGAGAGAGAGAGAGAGAGAGAGAGAGUUUAGAUAGCACGCGCAGGACUAAGAGACAUUCAUACAUACCGGAGCAGCCGCGAUGUCGCGAGACAGAAUUCCACCGACGUCUUCUGUCGGUCACGUGCACGCGUGAAGACAGGAUUCUUCACGUGUUUUCCGUCCAACACACACACUCAUAAACACACACACACACACACGUACACACACGCAUAGACACACACGUGCGCGCGCCUGUGCGGGGAUGUGGCGACCAUGGCAUGCGCGAGGAGGAUGAAAACUUUGGCGUCGACGUGCGUGAUCCUCAGCGGCAUGACCAACAUCGCGUGCCUGCUGUACGUCGGCUGGAUCACCAAUUUCGUGCACGAGAAAGAUCCGGAGAGAAGUUGGAGGAGGAUAGGAGAGACGCUGCGCAUCAUCGAGAGACUGGAGCGGCUGGAGAACGUGGUCAACUCACACAUCCAAGAAAGGCCACAGAGGGACGAUGCAGCUGAUCUUUCUCUCUCAGACUCUCCUCUGUUCCUGCGUUGGGGCCGUGACCUGGGGCCCGAGAGCCGCCGUGUUGCUCUGCGCAAGUUCCAGUAUUACGGAUACAACGCCUACCUCAGUGACCGCCUCUCACUGGACAGAGCCAUCCCUGACCUCAGACCAGACGGGUGCAAAAACAUCUCCUACCAUGCCAGCUUGCCUCAGGUCAGCAUCGUCUUCAUCUUCGUGGACGAGGCUCUGUCAGUGAUCCUGCGCUCCGUCCACUCGGCAAUGCGCCGGACGCCCUCGCACCUGCUGAGGGAGAUCAUCCUGGUGGAUGACAGCAGUAGCAACGCUGAACUGAGGGAAAACCUGCAGAGGUUUGUGGAGGAGACUAACCAGCGGCAUCCUGACUUCAUUAAGAUGGUGCGUCACACCAGGCAGGAGGGUUUGAUCCGUGCCCGUGUGAGCGGCUGGAGGGCGGCCAGUGCGCCGGUCGUGGCUCUGUUUGAUGCCCAUGUGGAGUUUAAUGUAGGAUGGGCUGAACCCAUCCUGCACAGGAUCCAGGAGGACCGACGGCGUGUCAUAUCCCCUUCUUUCGACAACAUUAAAUAUGACACGUUUGAGGUGGACGAGUAUCCUCUCUCAGCACACGGCUUCGACUGGGAGCUCUGGUGUCGCUACCUGAACCCACCCAGAAGCUGGUGGAGUCAGAAGAACCACACAGCACCCAUCAGGAGUCCUGCUCUGAUUGGCUGCUUCGUGGUGGACCGGCGGUACUUUGAGGAGAUCGGGCUUCUGGAUGAAGGCAUGGAGGUGUACGGAGGCGAGAAUGUAGAGCUGGGAAUCAGGGUGUGGCUGUGUGGGGGUAGUGUGGAGGUUCUCCCCUGUUCCAGAAUAGCCCACAUCGAGCGCGCGCACAAGCCGUACACAGACGACCUGGCAGCUAAUGUGCGCAGGAACGCAUUCCGAGUGGCUGAAGUGUGGAUGGACGAGUUCAAGAACCAUGUGUACAUGGCCUGGAACGUUCCACUGCAGGACUCAGGAAUCGAUAUUGGAGACAUCAGUGAGAGGAAGCUCCUGAGGGAGAGGCUGCAGUGUCGGCCCUUCCGCUGGUUCUUGAAGAAUAUUUACACUGAAAUGCGAACAUACGCUGACACCAUUGCUUAUGGUGAGCUGAAGAAUAGCUUGAAGCCAGAUCUGUGUGUGGAUCAGGGGCCAGACUCGGACAACAUCCCCAUCCUGUACCUCUGUCACGGCAUGACGCCUCAGAACGUGUACUACACCAGCUCGGGGCAGUUGCGUGUCGGCGUCUUGAGCCCAACCAUCGACGACAACGAUAAUAAGUGCCUGGUGGACGUGAACGGGCGUCCACGCCUGCUGGAGUGCAGCUACGCUGGGAAUAAGCACAUGAAGCUCUCCUGGCUCUUCACUCAGGGGGGAUCCAUCCAGAACACUGAGUCACGGUACUGUCUCGAGAUCGUCCAGAGCAGCGGAGUGGAUGUCGGCUAUCAGCUCGUCCUACAGACGUGCACAACUCAAACGUGGACAAUUACGAACAUACUGACUACUAAAGUUCUCUGAGAGCACCGACGCCUGCGGGCCUGCACAUGGAGAUAAAUUUUUUGACAAAGAAACUCUGCCUUUAUAUACAAAGGCUCAAUUUAGACACUUGAAUCUUAUAUGCAGUGCAUAUCAGAUGAUUUAGACUUUAAACAGUAAAAGCCACUGGCUGUGAGGAUGCCAAUCAUUUGUACAAACGCACAAAUCCAAGCAGGAAAGAAGAUCAACAAAACGAACUGGACCAUUGUUGCUUGCUAUCUAAAACCUGUCCAUUUUUUUCUAUUUUAUCCUACAGGGUUCUGUAAGCACCUUGGCAUCUGUGUCCCUCACUUAAAGACAUCAUCAGAUUAUUCAGCUGAAUUUGGAGUGACUGGUAGUUGGUUCAUUCCAGGUGUUACGAUUGCCUGAAUAUGUUUUAAAGUCAUCCAUAACUCUUUUUCUGUUGGUCUAUAUUCAACAAGAUAUUUCUUAAUGUCAUUGUUUCACUAAAAAAUAUAUUAUUAGACAACAAAAAAUUGCACAAUUGAGGUCACAAAAGUCAGAGAACAUACAGAUGCAGAUACAUGGGCUGUAUUUGCAUACUGGAACAUGAUUGGUUCUUGUAUUUUAUGAUGUAAUUACACUUUCCAGUCACUUGUUCAAGACUAAAGCCGGAUUUAUGCUAUACUAUUAUUGGCUUAAUUUUUCUGAUGCUACCAAAAAUUGCACAUUGUAUAAGAAUUCUUUGAUGAUGAAUUGCAAUUGGCGGCAUAAAGUGAGACCCUCACUGACGGCCAAUUUAGCGGCAAAUAGCCACCAAUAGAAGGACAGCAUAGGAUGUAGGACAGCUACAAAUAUGGUCAAUGUAAAAAACAUGCUAAUUGUUAUAAUUUAGCUUAUUACCUGAAGCUCACUUUAAAGAACUUUUGUGUGAGCAUGAUUUCUGCACAAGCCCAGAUCUCGUAAAAAUGUAGUAAUUUUCUUUAAUCACAAGUCUACAUUCAUAGGAUCUUCAUUGUAUAAUCUGUCAUGGACAACACACAUUAUCACACAGUCUGUUACAGAAUUCAAGCAAGAUUUUAUUGGGAUCUCAUACAAUGUGACAAGUAACAAAAAAGAGUGCUGAAGUAUUUUUUUAUUUAUUUAUUUUUAGCUCGGCUUGUUUUUUUGUUUUUUUUUAAAGCCAAAGUUACACAAUUUUCCCCAAUUUGCAGUCAGGCUGUACAAAUUUUUUUGGCAUUGGAAAGAGAUGGAGUGUGUAAGAUAUCUUUUCAUAUUUUAAGUCAUACUCUAGUAGGGUACUUAUUUUUUACUAGAGUAUCUCACUUUUUUGCUAUUCUAUAACGCACUGUGGUUAUUUUUACUACUUUAUUUAUUAAUAUAUUGUCUUUUAUUCCUAUCGUAUAUCUGUUUGAGCAACCUCUGGCAUAAGAAUUUCCCUCGGGAUGAAUAAAGUUCUAUCUUCUCUUCUCUUAUCUUAUCUUAUGCAGGUCACCAUCUCAGAACUGAAAAGAUAUCAAUAUAGCUAUCAAUAGCUAAUAGGGAUAUCAAUAGCUAAAGUAAAUACAGGAAGUAAAUAAAGAAAAUUAAGGGACGUGAAUACAGUGUAACUCCUGAAACGAGGCAAACCUUGUGUCAGGAGCACAGGUUACCGAAAUAGUACAACUGAUCAAACAAGGAAAAAAAUCCAUGUCUGAGAAACGAAAAAGCGCUUUGAAGAGCUCGCUUUUGUUUUAGUAAAGUUAUUAUGUGAUCUUUAGUCACUUACUGGCUCUAAUUUUACAUAAAAUCUUACAAAAUGUGUGAUCUGUUAAGAUUUUAAAGGACAUGUACUGUAUCAAAGGCUUAAAAUAACCAGGAAAUUGACAAUAUUCACACUUUGAACACCACAUAAUUCUCACAGAAGUAUUUAGUCACAAAAUACAUAUUUUAUAAAGUGUAGGGUGACUUUAAGAUUGUAUCCUGUUUGUAUUUCUUGAUUGAGCUUUUUGCUACUGUGUAGCUUGCAUUUAGAGUGUACAUUUUCAGUUCAUUUUCUUGUUUUUCCAUCUCAUGUGUCUCAGGUCUGUGUUUGAUGCAUAUGAAGUUGAAUUUAAGUUGAACCAUUUUUAUGAGCAUAUGACACCAAAUGAUAUUUUGUCAAUGCAAAACAGUAUUUAUAAGAACUUUUUUUUAUAAUAAAAG